AUGGCUUCCGACAAAGUUGGCCCCAGCCCUCCCUGGUUCGUGACAGGCCCCGACGGGCGAGUGCAGAGCAUCCUCGCAAUUCACGACCGCCUGCUGCACCACCCGGAUCUGCAGCGACGGGGGAUCAUCCUCCGCGAACCCAUGAAGCCGGGCUGCGUGUACUGCACAGACAAGGACACGCCUCCAGUAUACGCCGUCAAGAUCCUCAACCCACAUACGGAGGAGGUUGCGAUCCAAGCCCGCGUACUUUCUGAAAUUAGACGUCCGGACAAUCACACGCUGCCGGCUGAAAUGACCACCGCGGGGCACCCGCUGUUGAUCAUGCCGGCAGUCAUCUUGCUGCAGGACAAGCCGGUGCUUGUGUUGUCCCUGAGCGAUAUCAUGGACGUCGUCUUCCAGAUAAUAGAGGGCGUAGUGUUCCUACACAGCCUGCAGAUCGCGCACAUGGACAUAUGCAUGGGAAACCUACUCCUCGGCUCCCCCUUCGAGCCGUUCACAGACCCAUCCCUGCCCUCAGGCAUCAUUGCGAACAGGAUAUACAUCAUCGACUUCGGCCAAUCCAAGCAGUUCGCUCUCGGCCCCGGGGUCCAGCACGCCAUCAAACUCCCGGAGGCACAAAUCCCACCUCCCGACGGCGUAUCCCACUUCGAUCCGUACGCGUGGGACGUGCACUGUGUGGGGCGCACCAUGCAGGAGUUGAUGGAGAUGCGCCGCUAG